AUGCGGUCGAACACCACGUUGCUUGUCCCCGGUAUAGUAGCGUCGAUUACGUGGCAACCCUUUCCAAAGAAGAUCGCACAAAGGGCGAGGGAACUUAGCCCUGACCUUAUUGAUGCAGAUGCGGAUGUAGAUCGCAUCAUCAUCGAAAUGAACUAUGCCUUUACGCCGCAGUCACUGGCUAGAGUCCUCGGAUGGCAGACAGAGGGCAAGCUCUCUGAUGCAUACCUGCCAGUGUUCAUGAACUGCGGCUUCUAUCGUCAAGAUUACUUUGGAAGACUAAGGCCGGAAAGCAGAGCUCUGGCUAAGAGAGUGGCACAAGAUGUUGAUCCAAACGGACUGUUUUGCACUCGGACAGGCGGUUAG